GGAGCUACUGGUUGGGGUUUUAUUGGUGAGAUUUCUUCUCAGAGACUACGACCUUACACAGCUGGCUUCGCUGCUGCUGCCACCUGCGUUAUUGGCAUUGUUUUUGGUGUCCUGAUUCCUUAUAUGAUCAACGCCCAUCAGUGGAACUGGGGUCUCAAGACCAGCUGGUUCUUCGCCGGUCUAGGAGCGCCAUUUACCUUGGCCAUGUGGUUCCUGAUCCCUGAGACAUCUGGUCCAACUGCCGCCGAACUCGACGAGCUUUUCGAGCGAAAGAUCAAGCCGUAUAGGUUCCACAAGACCAUUACUACCACUCAGCGCAUUGUUCGGGUUAACAAGGGUGAAUAA